AUGGAGGGAGAUCGGUUCCAUCCAAACACAAGACAGGCACUACGCAUACCCAACCAAGGAGGGUUUAUUGUUCCACCGUUGGUUUCGAUUGCCAACCGUAAUGACCAGGAGACAAUGGAAAACGCCGGCGAUGCAAUGGAGCUUGACAGUUCCAGUACAAUCACCAACCAAAUACCGUUAAAUAAUUUGGGGAUAAACUUGGCCGAAAAUCCUAAUAACGAACCUUUUGAUUCUUCAUCUUCGUCGUCGUUGCCAAACCAACACCAAGUCAAUAAUAAUAUCCUGUCUAAUCUUACAUCCAAUGACAAUAGUAGUAACGAAGAUGUUCAAGACACCGGCGAUAAUGAUCCGGAAACAGAUGACGAGGAGCACGCAAGAUUUCAAUUGCUAAGAAAGAGGGCAAGAACAAACUCUAUUGCUUUCCCACAUCCAAAUUUUCAGACACCAAUAAAUUCCAGACCCGGUAGCUUGAUCCACGUAUUGCCGCCUGAAACAUUAUGUCUGAUAUUUUCGUAUGUUUAUCAUAAAAAAGAUCUUUUAUCAAUUUUGUUGACCUGCAAAUAUUGGGCCUCUUUGAUUGUGGGUAUGAUAUGGUUUAGGCCUGGUCUUUUGAAUAAAUCCAUCAUGAGAAAAUUGCAGAUGAUUUUGGAGGAAGAUCCAACCACCCAGAUCUGGGAUUAUAGACUAUUCAUCAAGAGGCUCAAUUUGUCAUUAAUUUCAAACCUCAUCAAUGAUAAUUUUCUGUACCUAUUUGCCAAUUGCAAAAACCUGGAGAGAAUCACGUUGGUCAAUUGUACUAAGUUGAAAUCCUCGAGUAUUGCCAAGUUACUUGACGGAUGUUCACGUUUACAAUCCAUUGAUUUAACUGGCACCACGCAUUUGGAAAAUGAUAUAUAUUACUCAUUAGCAAACAAUUGUAAGAGGUUACAAGGCUUAUAUGCUCCAGGCUCGUACAACAUAAGUGAAGACGCCGUGUUGUCUUUAAUAAGGAAUUGCCCGCUAUUGAAGAGAGUCAAAUUGAGUGAGUGUAACAACAUCACUGAUGUGGCAAUCGAUUCCUUAGUGAAAAACUGUCCAGGUCUAGUUGAAUUGGACGUUCAUGGGUGUGAGAAAAUUACAAAUGCCUCAUUGAACAAUUUAUUUCUUCAUUCAGAAUGCUUGAAGGAGUUUAAAAUUUCCAAAAAUCAGAACAUCACUUAUGAAUGUCUUGAAAAUCCAAGUGGCACUUUGCUAUCAUUGGAGCGGUUGAGGAUAUUGGAUUUCACACAGUGCUCAAAUAUCACAGAUAAGGCUGUGAUAAAAUUUGUUCAAUUGGCCCCUAAAUUGAGGAACGUUGUUUUAUCGAAAUGUUCCUCCAUCACUGAUGCUUCGCUAAAGGCUAUUGCUACUUUAGGUAAGAAUUUACACUAUAUUCAUCUGGGUCACUGCAGUAACAUUACUGAUGUUGGAGCAAAGGAACUACUUCAAAAUUGUCAUAGGUUGCAAUAUAUUGACUUAGCAUGUUGUAACCAACUUACAAAUGCCACCAUCAUUGAAUUGGCAAAACUUCAAAAAUUAAGGAGAAUUGGAUUAGUCAAAUGUUCUCAGAUUACAGAUGAGGGAAUACUAGCAUUGGCGGAACAGGCUAGGAACUCAGAUGAGACUUUAGAGAGGGUCCAUUUAAGUUACUGUGUUAACUUGUCCAUAUUUCCAAUUUACAAACUACUUCAGGCAUGUCCAAGGUUGACGCAUAUCUCUUUAACCGGUAUAUCUCAGUUUCUAAGGCCAGAUAUUACAAGGUUUUGUAGAGAACCACCGUCAGAGUUCAACCCACAUCAGAAAUCUAUAUUUUGCGUAUUCAGUGGCGAAGGAGUCAAUAAUCUUAGAACUUAUUUGAAUCACUUAAUUCAAACUACUGAAGUGCAAGACAGAGAGGCCACUGAAAUAUUACAGAUAAUUGAUGGUAUAAUUGGUACAUCUACACCAAUCCCACUGGAGAAUUUUUUAACCGACGAAAACAGGUUUAGGUUUGAACAUUUUAUUCGGACUGCCAAUGACUUUUUGGGCGAUUACCCAUCAAUUAACGUAGGUUAUGAAAGAUUGGAUCUAUUUGCUAGAUGUAUAUUUGGUGGUAUCCAGCAGACACAGGCCACCAGAGUUCAGCGAUUCUUUCAAUUAAUGCACAGCAGGCCUGUUAGGGCAAGAGAGAGAGAAAGAGAGGCUCAGAGGCUUCAAAGAAUGCACCUUGCCAUGGAAGCAACAAGAAAUAGGCAUACUACUGUGUUAACAAGUGAAUCCAGGGGUUUGGCAGAACCUGUUAUCCAGACGUAUAUACCGGGAAACCAAGUUGCAAGACUUUUCCAGCAUACCAGGAGCAGGGCGCCAAGGUUUCAUGGGAGUGCAUUAGAACAGAUGCUACUAGCAGGUGUCGAUGACGGUAAUACUAUAGUCAGGCUUCGGGAUUCUAAUUCAUCGACUAGUAUUGAGGUUAUUGUUUUCAACCCUGAUGACUAUAGAAGUCUAAGUUCCGAAAUUGAUAACUUACCGUCUGACUUUAUAACUAUAACGUUUGAUCAACCCCGCAAUCGUCCACAAUAUAUCCAGAGGAAUUUCGAUCAGCAAAGAUCUAUACCUGUCCCUAGACAGAAUGCACUUCGAGAUUCCUUUAGAAAUGUUUCUCGCAGAGUAAAUGUCGUGCAACCACUAUUAAACGAAGAUGAUCACUCCACAGAAGAUCCAAUUAUGAAUGACGACUAA